AUGGAGCAAGAGACGCAACUGGCGGUUGCGAUGCAACCUCGAAGACUGCGUUGGUUUGGCAGUCUGGGUGAUGCAAUGCGGAUCUUGGCGAAGGAUUCGCUUGGAGCCGUCCAACUUCUCGGAAAAGUGCCGGAGCCUUUUCAGGAGGGACUGGCUUGGUUUGCUUGCGCAGGGUCGGCAAAGGCCGUCGGGACUACCGCGGCAGCCACACCUCACCUGGCCCUCAGCAUGGCUACUCUCAGCUUCGAUCCGGUGGCCUGGGGAGCUUUGGGCAUCAUGCUGGCCAGCUCGGCCAUUAUCGCCCAAAGGGCACAGAAGUAUGAGCAGGAAGAACGCAAGGUGGCGAGCUCUGCUUCGAAUGUGCUUCUGACCUCCGGGGUUGCACAGCUCUGUGUCUGUGUAGUGGAAGCCGGCUAUCAGAUGCAGCCGCUUGCGCUGUCCCUGCAUAUCUCCUCACCAUUCUUGGCGGCACGAUUCCUGCAAGAUCUUGUCAUCCUCCCGAUGUGGCUUCGAGGCAUUGGCGCUGCCUCCAUGCAGCCCGCAGUCGCAGAUAAAGCAGCCAGGUUGUCGGCGCUUGGCGUGAUCUGCCAGACCGGGGCCGCCAUUUGGGCUGACAAUUUCAUGGUCAUCGGCGCUUUGCUGGCUCCGGCGACGCUUUGCAUCUCUGCGGCUUCCUUCCAGGUACUGCAACGCCUCAAGGCGUUGCCAGCGAAGCGGCCCGAGGAGCUUCAGCUCAGUGGUAUCCUGCUGUCCUUGUACAUGCUUUUCAGUGGAUUCCUGGAAGUCCUGGGCAUCAGCCACGCUGCAAGCGAGCCGCAGAUGCUAGCCGAGUACGCGGUUCUUGAUGUCAUGGCUAAGGUCACUAGCUGCUUCUUGCUGACAAAGAGCCUGGGUACGCCUACACACCGACCCGGCUCUGAAGCUGCUCUGCGCCAGUCGGAAGACGGAAACAGUGGCCAGUCAGCCCGGAGAUCCGUCACCGGAUGUGUACUGCUCCUUGGCUCAACGCAGGAGUUGACAUCGUCAACUUUGGAGCUGCCGUUCUUCUUGUGGACUUCUCUAGUGCGGAUGAUCAAGACUGCUCUGACCAGAACCUCAGGCAUCCUCCGAUGGGGCGAGAGGGCAGUGGCAGAUCGCCCAGUCAUCGUCAUGGAUGUGCUGCGGGCGACUCAUUCAGAAGCCAAGCUCCGAUCCCAGGAGCUCUCGGCGGGCCGCGUGAAGGGCAGCCGCUGCUGGUUUCGGCUCCUCGGGGAGGUGCCACCGGGCGCGCUCUGGGAGGAGGCUCCCGGAGUCCCGGAGGAGGUGCCCGGACACGACGAGACCUGCACUGGCUUCAGGGAUGGCGGGUGGACGGCGAAGAUUGGCCCACUGCCGAUUCCUCCAAGCAAGACGAAGCAGCUCCUGCAAGCCCAGGGCAAUCGCAGCCCUGCUUGCACGGUGCAACAGCCUGGCAACGUCGGCGCAGGACCGUCCCCCAACAAAUCGGGAAACCAAGCUGGAGCUGCUUCUUCCAAAGGCAAGCGUGGACAAGAGAAGAGUGGAGCAGGGACUGGAGGAGGCAAGUACCUCUGCCGAGUGAAGGUGGGCAUCGAAGAGGACUACACUUUCCAGGUGUGCAGACGCAUCAUUGGCCCGGGUGGCGAGAACAUGAAGCGCAUCAUCGAGGGCGACGGUUCCGUGAAGAUUCGCCUGCGUGGUCGUGGUUCCAAGUACUUGGAGGGGCCAGAGCACAAAGAGUCCACAGAUGACCUGAUGCUCUGCGUCAGCGCGACCAACAGGCGCUCCUUCGAAAAGGCAGCGACUGGUGUGGAGCUGCUCAUCCACUCGGUGCAGCAGGACUACAUCGGCUUCUGCAAGGCGCGGGGCCUCAGCGCGCCGGUCUUGCCGUCCGUGCGGCGCGAGGCGCAGCGCUCCCGAUGA